AUGGCUCCGAUACCAAUAUAUGUGAAAGGGGGUGUAUGGACGAAUGUGGAAGACCAGAUCCUUAAGGCAGCUGUGCAAAAAUAUGGAACCCAUCAGUGGAGUAAAGUAGCAUCCCUUUUGCAGAAGAAGACUGCCAGGCAGAGUGAAUUAAGAUGGAAUGAAUAUUUAAAUCCACAUUUGAACUUUACAGAGUUUUCCAAGCAAGACGACGCCAAGCUUUUGGAUCUCGCAAGAGAGCUACCUAAUCAAUGGAGAAGCAUUGCUGAUAUGAUGGACAGGCCUGCACAGGUCUGCAUCGAAAGAUAUCAUAAGCUCUUAGAAGGUGAAGAGGGCGGUGAAAACUUAUUAGACACUGCAUCUACGGACCUGAAAGUCGGAGACAUUAAUCCUAACGCAGAAACUCAAAGUACACGCCCAGAUAAUGGUGAUUUGGAAGACGAGGAAAAGGAAAUGCUUGCUGAGGCCAGGGCUCGCCUACUAAAUACCCAAGGUAAGAAGGCCACGAGAAAGAUUAGAGAGCGCAUGCUUGAAGAAUCAAAACGCAUUGCUGAGCUACAAAAAAGACGAGAACUGAAACAGGCUGGAAUAAAUGUCGCCAUUAAGAAACCAAAGAGAAAGUAUGGCACCGACAUCGAUUACAAUGAAGAUGUAGUAUAUGAGCAAGCUCCCAUGCCCGGUAUAUAUGACACCUCAACGGAAGACCGCGAGAUAAAGAAGAAAUUUGAGCAGUUUGAGAGAAAAGUCAACAGAAAAGGUCUAGAUAGUGAUGAAGGCAAGCAAAGUAAAAAAUCUAGAGAAAGGAAAAGAAAACACGAUGACAAGGGGGUUUUCGAGACAGCAGCACUAAAUGAAUCUAAUGUCUUGACUGAUGAAUAUAAAAAACCCAAACUUGUACUAUCUGCCCCGGGAACGAAACAGGGGAGGACAACAUAUAAAAAUGAGCUAGAAAGCAAAAAGCAAAAACUUAUCCAGGCACAAGAAACGGGUGCUGUGUUGACGCCAAAGGUACUACUUCCCUACGAACCGGCACAAGAUGACAAUGAACAUGAUAACGUAAAGAGUGAAAAGCAGGCGCAAUCACGCACACGAAAGUUUUUAUUGCAAAUGUUUGCAUCUUUGCCCACUCCAAGGAACGAUUUUGAGAUUGUAAUGAGUGAAGACGAGGGAGAGGAAGAUGCAGAAAUCGCCGCAUACCAAAAAGAAAUGGAAAAUGACAGGCUAAUGAAUGAGGAAGAUAAAGUCAUAAAACCCAUGUCCCAAGAAAAUACACCGAUUGUGACGUUGAUAGCCAUAGCUCCACCAUGCACGACACUACCUAUACCAGAGUUCAUAACCCACCCGCAGUCGGCAAUCGACGAUAAAUACAAUUUACUAGUCGCUAAUGCCAUAAAUAAGGAACCUCACAUGGAACCACAAGCCAUUGUCGAUUCCUUAAAGCAAGUGGAAUCGCGCAUGCUGAAUAUAGCUCAAAAGGAAGCGCCUGCGACAGUGCAGCUUAAACUAUCAAUGCCUCCAAGCGACGUCAUUCUGGAAUCAAUUCAGUCAAAAGUAGAGUCAAUUGAACAGUUACAGAGUAGGUUGCAACAUGUGCAGCCACAGGAACAACAGAAUAACGAGUUGUGCGCAACGCUUUGCCAUCACGAUCUGCCCGCUUUAAUUGAGGGGCAACAUGAGUACUACACCGGCUAUUACGCCUACCAGCAGGAGUUGCGAGCGCUCGAGCAUCAGAGAAAACGCCUUCAGGACAUCCUGAAUUCUCCUACCAUAUAG